AUGAACCCCACCACGUCUCCACCACCGUCAUAUCCUGGUGGUCUCAAGAGACCUUCCCAUGCCCGGCCAGCUCCUCCCGAUCCUGAGGCACAAUCACUCGCUCUUGCAAUGAGAGAAGUUGUAAGUGCCGCAGUAGAAAUAUUGGUUACGAUCUACAAUGUAGGGGGAGAUCCGGCUGGAGAGCGUGAGGAUGCGAUCAUGUUCGAGAAUCAGGGCUUGUCGCAGGAACAAAUCAACCGAAUCAUACAAUCCGACCAAAUUUUGUUCGAGCUGAGGUCAAGGGGUGUUACGAGGAGGAAAUGA